CCCAAGGGGACACAGGAGGGAGAAAUCCCCCCCCCCCCCCCACCUUCGACGGCUGGGGUUCAAAGGAGCGUGGAUUCUCUCUGUCUCUUCAAUCUCCAUCUUUCUCCUCCCUUAGACGCGUCGAUUCUGUCCCCACAAAGGGGCUUCUAGCUUGGAAACACACCUUCCUGCUCGACAUCCACUGGAGACCGAGGCGAUAAAUCUGGCAGCGAUGGGUUCGUGCAUGUCUUCUCCAUCAGAGGAGAAACCGAACACAUCGAGACCCGUGUCCGAACCAAAAUCAAACGCCAACCCUGCGACCUCGACCAAUGCCCCACCUUCCACCGCUGCUCCAUCCACUUCUAUCGUUCCCGCUUCAGACGCAUCACCGACUUCCCCAUCAUCUGCUCAGGGCUUGAAUCAGGCUUUGGCAGAUGCUCCUCCGACGGCAGUGAAGGAUAGGUCAAAUGUGAUUGACAGGCAACUGGAGGAUGACAUGAAAAAAUUCAAGAAGGAGUGCAAGAUAUUGCUGCUAGGCUCUGGAGAAUCGGGAAAAUCAACCAUCGUCAAGCAGAUGAAGAUUAUACAUCAGAAUGGGUAUUCGAAGGAUGAGCUGUUGACGUAUAGGAUGACGAUCCACAAGAACGUCCUAGAAUGCGCCCAAGCCCUUAUCAUGGCUAUGCGCAAACUCGGUGUGGACCCAGAGGAGCCGAGCAACAGGGUAUUCGCCGACAGGAUCCUCGAGUACCGACUCGAGGCUGAUCCCCUUGCGACCGUGUCAUCUGACAUUAUCACUGCCAUCGAGUCACUAUGGCACGAUCCCGUCAUUCCCUCUGUCAUGGACAGGUCCUCCGAAUUCUACCUCAUGGACUCUGCGACGUAUUUCUUUGCCAACCUGCGCAAGAUUGGAUCCCCCGAUUACGUCCCUGACGAGGCGGAUGUCCUACGAGCGAGAACAAAGACGACGGGUAUCAGUGAGACGAGGUUCAACAUGGGACAAUUGAGCAUUCACAUGUUCGAUGUGGGUGGGCAGAGGAGUGAGAGGAAAAAGUGGAUACAUUGCUUCGAAGCCGUCACCAGUAUCAUCUUUUGCGUCGCUUUGAGCGAGUACGAUCAGGUCCUGCUUGAGGAGAAUGGCCAGAACCGGAUGCAGGAAUCUCUCGUCCUGUUUGAAUCCGUCAUCAACUCGCGAUGGUUCUUGAGAACCUCGGUAAUCCUUUUCUUGAACAAGAUUGACGUGUUCAAGCAAAAACUGCCAAAAGUGCCGCUUGUCCAGUACUUUCCAGAGUAUACCGGCGGUGCAGACAUCAAUAAAGCCGCCAAAUACAUCCUCUGGCGAUUCACUCAAACCAACCGAGCCCGACUCAGCAUUUACCCUCACCUCACCCAAGCGACCGACACUUCAAACAUCCGCCUCGUUUUCGCCGCCGUCAAAGAGACCAUUUUGCAAAAUGCACUCCGAGACAGUGGUAUUUUGUAGUCCUUACUUAUGAUUCAUACGAAUGUAUCUAGGGUAGA